UAUCCCACAGUGUAGGGAUGAAGCGCAAAAAAUUUUCACCCCCACUUUACGUGUAGGGGAGGUACCCUAAAAAAAUUAAAUUUUUAGAUUUUAUUGUACGACUUUGUCGGCUUUAUUGAUUUAUAUAUCCAUGCCAAAUUUCAGCUUUCUAGCACUAACGACCACGGAGCAAAGCCUCGGACAGACAGACAGACAGACGGACAUGGCGAAACUAUAAGGGUUCCGUUUUAUGCCAUUUGGCUACGGAACCCUAAAAAGGUGUUUUUAAUGUAAUCUCAUAGAAAUUUCAAAUGUAAUCAACACACGUAAAGUUGGUUAAAUUGCAAACUGAAUUCGGAAAUGUUUAUUGUUACUUAAAAAAAUACCAAGAUACAGCUAGGUCUCACUAUUUAUUUCCUGUAAAAUGUAUAAAUUAAUAUUAUUAAAAUAUUUCAUAAUUUAUCUACGCUACUGGUUCAACUUUUUCACUAAAAAUCCUUUAAACCUUGAUACUGUUAAAUAAGUGUUGUUGAAUAUGUUUCUUUGCAGAAAUGGCCUCCUAUAGACUUGAGGUCUCCGCCCCAAUAAUAAGAGACCGAGAGUUUUCGAAACCCCUUAUGUGCGGGCCGGGGCCGAAUGACUUAUAUCCAGCUGUAGCCGCAGCAUUUGCCGCACCUGUCAUAUCUCCUGCUUGUGAGCAAUAUUAUAAGGUAAUCCAAGACAUUCGCGCUGGCAUCCAGUACGCGUUUCAGACGCGUAGCAAGCUGGUGCUAGCCGUCAGUGGGUCCGGGCACGCCGGCAUGGAGACCGUCAUCUGCAACCUGAUCGCACCGGGGGAGCUGCUGCUCGUGCCCAGCCGUGGAUUCUGGGACGAGAGAGCUAUGGACAUAGCCAGGAGACAAGGUAUUAGAGUAGAGACAAUCAAAACCUCAGAACCUUUCACGACGUUCUCUCUUGAAGAGCUGGAGUCUGCUCUGGAACGGCACCACCCUGCUGGCCUGUUCAUCACCCACGGCGAUUCCUCCACGGGUACCCUGCAGACCUUGAAGGGACUUGGAGACCUUUGCCAUAAAUACGACACGUUAUUGCUAGUGGACACAGUAGCAUCUCUAGGCGCAGAGCCAUUCCUGAUGGACGAGUGGGGUGUCGACGGUGCGUAUGCGUCGUGCCAGAAGGCGCUGAGCGGGCCGGCCGGCGUAGCGCCCGUAGCGUUCAGCGCCCGCGCAGAGGCGAAAAUAUUCAGCAGGAACCACAACCUGCCGUUCUACUUCGACGUAAAGCUUUUAGCGCGGCAGUGGAAAUGUUAUGACGAUACUUUCUUCUACCACCACACGCUGAGCAGCCCCCUGCUCUGGGCCCUCCGCGCCUGCCUCUCGCAGCUUGCGCACGAGUCGCUCCCCCGCGCAUGGGCGCGCCACUUCACCGUCACCGCGCGCUUCCACGCGCGCCUGCGCGCGCACGGCUUCCACUUCCUCGUGCGAAGACCAAAGGACCGCACAAAUGCUGUCACUACUGUGAUAUUACCGGGGAUUGAGUGCAAUACGUUUGUAGCUGAAAUGAGGAGCAAGCACAACAUCAUGAUAACCCCCGGGCUGGGCCCGUCGGCGGGCGCGGCGGUGCGCGUGGGGCUGAUGGGCGCCAACGCGAGCGCCGCCGUGGCCGACCGGGUCGCCGACGCCAUGGCUGAUGUAGCCGGGUUCAGGAUUACGUAGCUUCUAGGAAAGUUUCUUUAAAUAUAAUACAAUAUAAAUAAUUUAUUUGUAAGCACAAACGCAGAAGAGAAAAUAAUACAUUAAUAAUGUAAAAAUAAUCAUACGCUUCAUGCCAAAUAAAUCCAUUUUAUGCCAGAUAUGCUACCUAUGCUAUAUAUCAGUACCUGGGCGACCGAGCGUUGCUCGGUUAUAACUAUCUAUUGUAAUAUGGUGAUG